AUGGUUGAACCGAUGGAGCAUUUACUGGCAUUAAAAGUGAUGCGACUUACGCGACCCACCUUGAUCAGUCCACAAAUAUUGACUGCGGAACCGAAGGAUGUGCCUCAGCAUUCGUUCGAAAAAAUUCUUCGGAGCGACGCAACAUCGGUGGCCGGCUGUGAGACGAUUGCAGCCGGGCAGUUUAUGCUGCUGCCGCAAAGCUUCGGAAACAUCUAUCUCGGUGAAAUGUUCUCAAGCUACGUGUGCGUUCACAACUGCCGGGCGCAUCCCGUGUCGAACGUGUCGGUUAAGGCUGACCUACAAUCGAACAAUAGCCGGGUUAGUCUUCCUAUUCACGCCGAUAAGACCGGUCCGGUCACGCUGAAUCCGGAAGAAACACUCGACGAUGUAAUUCACCAUGAGGUGAAAGAAAUCGGGACCCACAUCUUGGUGUGCGAAGUGUCCUACAUGACUCCGGCCGGUUUAGAGACGUCGUUUCGAAAGUUCUUCAAAUUCCAGGUGAUCAAACCGCUCGACGUCCAGACAAAGUUUUAUAACGCCGAAACGGAUGACGUGUAUCUCGAGGCACAGAUACAGAACAUCACAGGCGGGCCGAUCUGCCUCGAGAAGGUGGAACUGGAGAGUUCGGAGCAGUAUACAGUCGUCUCGCUGAACACGCUGCCAUCGGGCGAAUCGGUGUUCUCAUCCAAGACGAUGCUGCAGCCCCAAAACAGUUGUCAGUUUUUGUACUGCAUUCGUCCCAUUCCCGAAAUCGCGCGCGAUCCAAGCGCAUUGAAGGCUGCCAACAAUAUCGGCAAGCUGGACAUUGUAUGGCGGUCGAAUUUGGGCGAGCGAGGACGGCUACAGACCAGCCAAUUGCAGCGCUGUGCCCUCGAGUACAGCGACCUUCGGUUGAACGUGAUCCAGGCGAACAGCAUCGUUCGAAUUGGGGAAGGCUUCAGCUUCCGGUGCCGGGUGACGAACACCAGCGAGCGCUCGAUGGAUCUGGUGAUGAGCCUCAACACCAAAGCCAAACCGGGCUGUGGCUAUACCGGCAUGACGGAGUUAGCCCUCGGCCCUAUCGAACCAGGUCAGAUGAAGGAGUUCUCGCUGACGGUGUGUCCAGUGCGCUUGGGGUUGAUCGCGUUAUCCGCCCUGCAGCUGACCGACGUGUUCACGAAGCGCAAAUACGAGUUUGACAACUUUCUGCAGGUGUUUGUGGUAGAUGAAGACUACCGGGAGGACAAUUUCCAGAUGGAUAAGUACGUCCGCUACACAAACAGCGGAAAAAUUCCGCUAACGGCUUAGUCGAGCCCUGACCUAACUGCUACUAACACCGUAACCCAUUGCAAAGCAAAUAAAACUUCAAUUU